AUGUCAUUCGAAACAAGAGUUGAGAGACUAAAAUCAAAAAUCUUUGAGAAUAAAACGAUGUGGACUUUGAUUCUCCUCAUUUGUUCCAUUCCUGUUUCAGGUGCUUUAUGGGCAGAGAAACAAGUAAUAGGAAUUUUGGGAAGAGCGGUCACAAUAUCUUGUCAUUACGAUGCGCAGCAGUACCAGUCAUACGUGAAAUAUUGGUGUCAAGGAUGGAAUCGUUUGUGUUCUAUUAGAGCAAAAACAAAUUGGCCAAAUGGGAGAAUAACGAUCACUGACGACAAAACACAAGGAAUGUUUCUUGUCACAAUCACGAAUCUUCAAUGGGAAGAUGCAGGAUGGUACAGCUGUGGGAUCGAGACUUUUGCCUUUGAUCCAAUGUUUAAUGUAAAGCUGCACAUCUCUGAUGAAGCCGUUUCUGUUCCUGGGCUUCGAUUUUUAUCCCAACCAAAUGUCUCAUGUUCUGGGGGGUCAGUGACAGUCUCCUGUGAAUCUGCCCAGGGAUCCCUCCCCAUUCACUACACAUGGUCUGAGAAGAAGCCAUCACAAGAUUCAAAGAUCUCUUACACCAAUAAACUGGAUCUACAUUGUCAAUCCUUCACACAGCAACAUCAUCAAUAUUACUGCACAGCCUCAAAUACUCAGGGAACAAAACCCAGUGAAAUUGCUCAUGUGUCAGUCCACAAUGUAAGAGAGAAGAACUGCAGUUAUAGGAUACAGAUCAACAGCAUCGGAAGGGAAUAUACUUGUGACAAUUCCUCAACAAUAUCAACAACAACAUCACCAACAGCAACAAGAACAUCUUCAGGGCCCAAGUCUGUCAAUCAAAGUUACAUUGUCUGGGAUGUGAUACGUUGGGUACUCUUCACUCUCCUGGUGAUUUGUUCUGUUUCAGUCACAAUACUUACACGAAAACAUUAUCACAAUGUUUACACAAAAACAUUAGGUGAGCAUCAUGGCCUUUACACAAAUGAUUUUGAGCACUCUAAGUUCCCCAUCAAUGAGGUGGCCCUGGGUGGAGGGGUUUCAAAGCAGGAGACACAGUUUGAGAAGAAUGGAGCUGAGAGACUGACAUCAAGAACUGAACUGAUCCUUGUGAACAAAACGAUGUGGACUUUGAUUCUCCUCAUUUGUUCCAUUCCCGGUGCUGUAUGGGCAGAGAAAGAUGUGACGGGAAUUUUGGGAAGAGCGAUCACAAUAUCUUGUCAAUACGAAGCACGGUUGUACCAGUCACACAAGAAAUAUUGCUGUCACGGAUGGACUCGUCUGUGUAAGGUUAUAGCAACGACAAAUUGGCCAAAUGGGAGAAUAUCAAUCACUGACAACAAAACACAAGGAAUAUUUCUUGUCACAAUCACGAAUCUUCAAUGGGGAGAUGCAGGAUGGUACAGCUGUGGGAUCGAGACUCCUGGCUAUAAACCGAUGUUUUAUGUAAAGCUGCACAUUUCUGACGAAGCCGUCUCUGUUCCUGGGCUUCGAUUUUUAUCCCAACCAAAUGUCUCAUGUUCUGGGGGUUCAGUGACAGUCUCCUGUGAGUCUGCCCAGGGAUCCCUCCCAAUUCACUACACAUGGUCUGAGAAGAUGCCAUCUCAAGAUUCAAAGAUCUCUGACACCAAUAAACUGGAUCUACAUUGUCAAUCCUUCACACAGCAACAUCAUCAAUAUUACUGCACAGCCUCAAAUACUCAGGGAACAAAACCCAGUGAAAUUGUUCAUGUGUCAGUCAACAAUGUAAGAGAGAAGAACUGCAGUUAUAGGAUACAGAUCAACAGCAUCGGAAGUGAAUAUACUUGUGACAAAUCCACAACAAUAUCAUCAACAACAACAGGAACAUCGUCAGGACCCAAAUCUGUCAGUAAAAGUUACGUUGUCUGGGAUGUGAUACGCUGGGUACUCUUCACUCUCCUGGUGAUUUGUUCUGUUUCAGUCACAAUGUUUACACAAAAACAUUAGAUAAAACUUGAAGAUAUAUUGGGAUGAUGACUUGACAGAAAUUCGGGGAUUUACAUAUUAAUCAAUGGAAACCUGCAGCCUCAUUCUAAGUGACUGAAGACUUAACAGCAAUCUAGGUUUCUCUAAUACAUUGCAUCCAUUGUGUGAUACUUUGAUCUUUUAUUGAUAAAUUCUGUGCCCGAUGUAUCCUGCCUCAAUGACUCCCUGACAAAGGAGUGGUGCUCUGAAAGCUUGUAUUUUCAAAUGAACCUGUUGGACUCUAACCUGGUGUUGUGUGAUUUUCAGCUUUGUCCACGCCAGGCCAACAGCAGCCCCUCCACAUCCUGAAUCUUCUUGCCAGUGGCUCAUAUCCAGCAGACAGUGAGUGCUGAGCCUGAGUCUGAAUGACAGUUGUUCACCUCUCCAAGGAGACAGCUAGACAUACGGCUCAGGAUUGAGAGUGAUGGUUGAUGCCUCCAUCCCCAUUGAUCCAGUUUAAGGGCUGUCUCUGACAUACCGACCUGCUGUGCUUGUGCCUGUCUCUGCAUUUUCACAACUUCAAUAAAAUUACACCUGACAGUCCUGAAUGUUGAAGCCAUUGUCUCUAUCACAGCACAUUCACCUUUCCUUCGCCACUGACUCCAGCCAUC